AUGAACCAUAGCUCAAGAGCCAUGAGCUUGAUACAACGCCAAGUUCUCAACCAACGGAGCCGGCCGAUCCGAAUGCCAUGCGACGUCUUCAUCAACCACCGGGGCAUCGACACGAAGCGGACGGUGACCUCGUUGCUCUACGACCACCUCUCCUGGCUGAACCUCCGGCCUUUCUUGGACAACAAGAACAUGAAACCCGGGGACAAGCUGUUUGAGAAGAUCGAUGCAGCGAUAAGGGACUGCAAGGUCGGCGUCACGGUGUUUUCGCCCCGUUACUGCGAGUCGUACUUCUGCCUUCACGAGCUGGCUCUUCUUAUGGAGUCCAAGAAGAAGAUCGUUCCGCUCUUUUGCGACAUCAAGCCAUCAGAGCUGAGGGUUUUGGACACGGGGAGUAUUCCCGAGAUGGGGGUGAAAAGGUUCAAAGCAGCUCUUGAAGAGGCUAAGUUCACCGUCGGGGUCACGUUUGAUUCCGUUAAUGGGAACUGGUCGGAUGCGGUAACAAGUGUUGCUGACAUGGUGAUAGAUAGCCUGAUGGAAGUCCAGGAGGAAGAGCAACUCCGACGCCGGAGUACCGGAAUCUCUUUCCCGGACGUUGCUCAGGCUUCGCCAAUAGUGAAGCAAUACUGA